AUGGCAAGAAAGUUCAAUAUUAUUUUGGCAAGUUUGUUUCUUGUCAUUUUUACAAUUGACGCACAAACACUAAUUCCAGAAAAUGCAGCCGAAGUUGAGACUUGGUUUAGUAAUGUUGUCAAACCAAUCAGCCAAGCAAAAGGAGCAUUAGAACCCAGUGUAAUAGAUGCCGAAAACGGUGGGGUAGAAACCAUCGAUGUAAGACAAGAUGGUAGCGGAAAAUUUAAAACAAUAUCUGAUGCCGUGAAACAUGUUAAAGUAGGAAACAAGAAACGUGUUAUUAUUACGAUCGGUCCAGGAGAAUACAGGGAAAAGGUUAAAAUUGAAAGACUUCAAUCAUAUAUCACUUUCUAUGGUACGGAUCCUAAAAAUCGUCCCACUAUAACAUUUGGUGGUACGGCUGCUCAAUAUGGUACUGUUGAUAGUGCAACAUUGAUUGUGGAGUCUGAUUACUUUGUUGCUGCAAAUUUAAUAAUCUCGAAUUCUGCUCCAAGGCCCAAUGGUAAAACAAAAGGCGGACAAGCUGCUGCAAUAAGAAUAUCUGGUGAUAGAUCUGCAUUUUAUAAUUGCAAAUUUACAGGAUUUCAAGACACUGUUUGUGACGAUAAGGGAAACCAUUUCUUCAAAGAUUGUUACAUUGAAGGAACAGUUGAUUUUAUAUUUGGUGAAGCUAGAUCUAUAUAUUUGAAUACUGAACUCCAUGUUAUACCGGGUGAUCUGGAGGCUAUGAUCACUGCCCAUGCAAGGGGAAAUCAAGAUGGAGUAGGUGGAUACUCGUUUGUCCAUUGUAAGGUGACAGGGACAGGUGGUAUUGCAGUUUUAGGAAGAGCAUGGUUUCCAGCAGCUCGAGUUGUGUACUCAUUUUGUGACAUCAGUAACGUCAUCAGACCAGAGGGUUGGUCUGACAACAAAAAAGCAGCAUACCAAACGACGGUAUACUUUGGAGAGUACAAAAACAAAGGUACAGGUGCAGACAUAAAGAAAAGGGUGCCAUAUUUCAAGAAUUUGACAGACAUUGAGGCUAAAUUAUUUAUUAGUAUGGAAUACAUUGAUGCAGCCAAAUGGCUACUUCCACCUCCAAAAGUGUAA